GCCUGCCCCCCCCCGCCCUCCCCACCAGGGCCCCCCCCCUGCUUCGGGGGGCCCUGGCUCUGCUGCUGCUGCCCCCCCCAGCCCGGCCAGGGGCCCCCCCUCCGCUGCUCCCGGCUGCCUGGGCCUCCUUCUCGGUGCCGGACGGGGGGCUGACCCACCUGGCGGUGCACCGCGAGACGGGCGAGGUCUUUGCCGGCGCCGUAAACCGCGUCUACAAGCUGGCGGCCAACCUGAGCCAGCUGCGGGUGCACGGGACGGGGCCGGUGCCGGACGACGCCCGGUGCUACCCGCCGCCCGCCGUGCGGCUCUGCCAGCACCCGCUGGCCCCGGCCGACAACGUCAACAAGCUGCUGCUGCUGGACUACGCGGGCGGGCGGCUGGUGGCCUGCGGCAGCGUCUGGCAGGGCGUCUGCCAGCUGCUGCGCCUGGGCGACCUGGCCAAGCUGGGCGAGCCGCACCAGCGCAAGGAGCACUACCUCUCGGGCGGGCGCGAGGCCGACGCCAUGGCCGGCGUCAUCCUGGAGCAGCCGGGCCAGCCUAGCCGGCUCUUCGUGGGCACCUCGGUGGAGGGGCGCUCCGAGUACUUCCCCACCCUGUCCAGCCGCCGCCUGGCGCCCGACCCCGCCAGCCCCGACAUGUUCAGCCUGGUCUACCAGGACGAGUUCGUCUCCUCGCAGGUCAAGGUCCCCUCGGACACCCUGGCGCUGCACCCGGCCUUCGACAUCUACUACGUCUCGGCCUUCGUCUCGGGCGCCUUCGUCUACUUCCUCACCCUGCAGCUGGACACGCAGCAGGCGGCGCUGGAGGGGCCGGGCGGAGGGCCCGGCGGGGGGGCGGCCCCCGGGGCCGAGCGCUUCUUCUCCUCCAAGAUCGUGCGGCUCUGCGCCCGCGACGCCGAGUUCUACUCCUACGUGGAGUUCCCGCUGGGCUGCGCCCACGCCGGGGUGGAGUACCGCCUGGUGCAGGCCGCCCGGCUGGCCAAGGCCGGGCGACGGCUGGCGCGGGCGCUGGGCCUGGCCGAGGGGCAGGACGUGCUCUACGCAGCCUUCGCCCAGGGCCAGAAGAACCGGGCCGCGCCGCCCCGCCAGAGCCUGCUCUGCCUCUUCACGCUCGACGAGGUCAAUCGGCGCAUCCAGGAGCGGAUCCAGAGCUGCUACCGCGGCGAAGGGCACCUCUCCCUGCCCUGGCUGCUCAACAAGGAGCUGCCUUGCAUCAACACGCCCAUGCAGAUCAAUGGGAAUUUCUGCGGGCUGGUGCUGAACCAGCCGCUGGGGGGGCUGCAGGUCAUCGAGGGGCGCCCCCUGCUGGCCGAGCGCAGCGAGGGGCUGGCCAGCGUCGCCGCCUACACCUACCAGGGCCACUCCGUCGUCUUCCUCGGCACCCGCGCCGGGACCCUCAAGAAG